UUUUUGGACUCUACCGCUUUCCGUCGUUUUUAAGCAUAACGCUCUCUCUCUCUCUCUCUCUCCGGUAGUUGUUGUCCUGCUCGUUCACGUCCACGUCUUCCGUGUUUCACGUGGACUAAACACACGCCUCGACAUGUCCGGGGGAACCCAGCUGGAGAACGCGAACCCGGUGGUCUUCCAGAGGUCCGGGGACCGGAUGCUGACGUCCAACGACGAGGACGAGGACGUCCACGACCCCAUCGACGACAGAGAAAUAUUCGAUCUGAUCAGAUCCAUCAACGACCCGGAGCAUCCUCUGUCUCUGGAGGAGCUCAACGUGGUGGAGCAGGUCCGAGUCAAGGUGGACGACGCGGAGAGUAAAGUGGGCAUCGAGUUCACGCCCACAAUCCCCCACUGUAGCAUGGCGACGCUCAUCGGCCUGUCAAUCAAAGUCAAGCUGCUGCGCUCCCUGCCAGACAGGUUCAAGAUCGACGUCCACAUCACGCCCGGGACUCACGCCUCAGAGGAAGCAGUGAACAAACAGCUGGCGGACAAAGAGCGAGUUGCGGCGGCGCUGGAGAACUCCUCGCUGCUGGAGGUGGUCAACCAGUGCCUGACCCCCACCCGGGGCAUCUGAGGCGGCCAAUCGGCUCCGUCGUCUUCUGCUGUCGAUCGGCCAAUUGCGUCUGAUCGUUGUCGUUGACAACUGAGACAUGGGACUUCAGUGGCAACAGUCCCCAUCUGUAUAUAAUAUUGAUGCUUUUGAUAUUUUAUUAAACAUUUAAAUUCAA